AUGAACCUGGUUCAUGUGGAUCAAAGAAGAGAUGCAGCAGAAGAAGGAUGGGAAGGAGUGAAAUCAGUUCUAACUGAUUUGCAGCAACUAAUGAACACCGAGUGUUCUCUACUGGUGGAAAAGAUGACUGAGAUGGCCACUGAGAACAAGAGGGUUUGUUCCAUUUUUUCAAAGAAAAGGGGUAAACAGAACAGCUAUAGACUACAACCGCCGCCGCCACCACCACCGGAAGUUGAAACAAAGAAAAGAGAAACGGUUAAGAGAGAAACGGUUCUUAAGGAAGGAGGGACCAACCGGAGGUUUCACAAACUUGAGAUGCUCUUGUUUAAUGGAACUAACGCAGAUGAGUGGAUUUCUUAUGUGGAAAGGUCAUUCUACAUGUAUGAGGAUGAAGAAAUGUUGAAGGUUGUUGUGAGAUCUCUAGAAGGUGACGCCUUACUUUUCUAUGAAUGGGAGCAUAGGAGGCGGUCCAUACGAGAUUGGGAAGAGCUUAAAGGAUUAAUACGUCGGCGGUUCAAAUCUUCCAACGACGCGGCGGAGCAUAAUUUGGCGAAUUCUCAGUUUGGAUGGUUAGAAUAUUCCGACCAUGACAGUAGCAAGAAUGCAGUUCCGUUCCAAGGAGGUCCCAAGCUGCCUUCCGAAGAGCUAGAGAUGCCCUUGUUCGAUGUGAUGGCUCUACAAGGCGACGCCCUAUUAUGGUAUGAAUGGGAGCACCGAAGACGACCCAUUAAAGACUGGGAAGAGAUGAAUUGUCUAAUUCGUCAACGGUACACACUACACUGUAUCCGGAAUGCGAAGUUAAGAAGAGUGGGGAGACGAACUCGACUAUGA